UUUGGGGACGGGAUCCCCGAAUCCCAAUCCCCCCCGACCUGCGUUGGCCAAGGCCAUGGCGGGCCUGAACCCGGAGCAGGUCCGCAAGUUCCAGGAAGAUGGCUUCCUCGUCCUGGAGGGGGUCUUUUCUCCAGAGGAGUGUGACGGGCUCCAGGCAAGGAUUGCGGAGAUCGUGGCAGCAAUGGAUAUCCCGCCUCACUGCCGGACAGAAUUCUUCUCGGAGAAGAGAAAUGCGGAAUAUUUCCUGAACAGUGGUGACAAAAUCAGUUUCUUCUUUGAGAAAGACGUACUUGACGAGGAAGGUAACUUGAAGAUUCCACGGGAGAAGUCCAUCAACAAAAUCGGUCAUGCUCUGCAUGCCCAUGAUCCCAUCUUCAAGAAGAUCACCCACUCCCCACAAGUCCAGGAGAUAAGCAGGAGCCUGGGGUACGAGGAGCCUGUGGUGGUCCAGAGCAUGUACAUUUUCAAGCAACCACACAUUGGUGGCGAAGUGCGCGCACACCAGGAUUCCACCUUCCUCCACACGGAGCCACUGGGCCGCCUGCUUGGGUUCUGGAUUGCGGUGGAGGAUGCCACCCCGGAGAACGGCUGCCUCUUUUUCAUCCCCGGCUCCCACAAGACCUGCAGACACUCCAUGGGCAUUGCAGGUGGCAUCUCCCGUAGGAUGGUGCGGUCUCCUCCAGGUUCUGUGCCCGGCACCAGCUUUGUCGGCUCUCGGCCAGUUUAUGAUGACAACAGCUUCAUCGCUACCCCCGUCCGGAGAGGGGGCCUUGUCCUAAUCCAUGGAGAAGUUGUGCACAAGAGUGAGCUGAACAGCUCCUCGCGCUCCCGCCACGCCUUCACUUUUCAUCUCAUGGAGUCUAAGGACACCAUCUGGAGCCAGGACAACUGGCUGCAGCCCACCCCCGAGUUGCCAUUCCCAGUGCUCUACGACUAAGGCUCGGCGGCCAGUCACGCUCCUCCUCCACCUGCCCGCCAGGAGAAGAGAGGGAGCCCCAGCCAGGCUGCGGGGCUCUCUGCUCCAUCUGCUUUCUCCCCAGAAUGCCUCCUCCACCUCCUCCCCUUCCUCUCCUAUCCUCGUCCCCUCCCCUCUCCAUCCCUUCUCCCCUUUAUCUCCUUGCUCCUCCAGAGUUGGGACCAAGCCAGGGCUUGGUCUGGGCCAAGGAAGCCUGAGAUUCCCCUACCUCCUUUGUCAAUAAAGCAUGUCCGCACUCUUUUAA